CUCGAUUUUCACGAACGGCUUCAACUUCUGCCAACCCCCCCAAAACGCCAUCUUCACGCAUCCCGUCAGUCCUUCGCUGUCGUCAAGCCCAACUCCAAGAUGGAUUCCGCCAAGCAGCCCGCUAAGCUCGUCAAGGUCACCCGUGUCCUCGGCCGUACCGGAUCCCGUGGUGGUGUCACCCAGGUCCGCGUCGAGUUCAUGGACGACACUUCCCGCAGCAUCAUCCGUAACGUCAAGGGCCCAGUCAAGGUCGACGACAUCCUCUGCCUGCUCGAGUCCGAACGCGAGGCCCGCCGUCUCCGUUAAUUUCCUUUACCAACAACUCCGAGUUUUCGUCAACAUCUUUUUCCCUCUCGAGGCUAUGUACCCUUGCUUGCGUUGGAAAUGAUUAUUCUGGGAGGUCUGGUCGGGAAGGCAAAAAAAGAACUAUCUUAACUUAUGGGCUGAUGCGGCAUCCGGGUUGUUAUGGCUUCGUUUGAGAAAAAAAAUUCUUUUGUUGUUUUUCUUCUUCUUAUCAUUCCUGUGUGUCCAGACUCAUAUUUCCUACUACUGGGCU